AUGUGGCACCUCGUUCUCGAAGGUAUUAACAACUUCGCCCUGAAAGAAGCCCCCGAACCCACUCUCCAAUCCCCGACCGAUGUGAUUGUCAAAGUUAGCGCAACCACGAUCUGCGGAUCCGACGUCCACUUCGUCCUCGGCGAAAUCGAAGAAACCCCGUGGGGGUUCCCACUUGGCCACGAAUGCGUCGGAACAAUCCACCAGCUCGGCCCGGACGUGCGAGGCUUCAAAUUGGGAGAUCGGGUCGCCGUGUCGCCGGGGGUCUGGUGCAAUCAAUGCGACGCAUGCCGCGGAUACAAAUAUCAGACCUGCGAGAGCUUCGGCAUCUUUGGGUCCGGGAAGAAUCUGGGUGAUCUGGGAGGCGCCCAGGCUGAAUUUGUGCGCGUUCCCUGCGCCGAUAAUACAUUGUCGUUGAUUCCGGAUGGGGUCAGCGAUGCGCAGGCUCUGACGGUUGGGGAUAUGCUCUGCACGGGGUGGACGGGCGUCGAACGAGCGGCUGUCGGCCCUGGCGCCACGCUGCUUGUUUUUGGGGCCGGACCGGUCGGUCUAUGUGCUCUGCAUAGUGCACGCCUGCAGGGAGUCGCCAAGGUGAUUGCUGUCGAUGUGAUAUCUGAUCGACUGGAAGUCGCGAAAGCAAUGGGGGCAGACCAUGUCAUCAACGCAUCGCUGGAAGAUGUCGCCGAGGUUGUCCUAGAACUCACCGACGGCCGCGGUGCAGAGGCCAUUGUGGAUGCAGCUGGAGUGAAGAGCACAUUCAAUGCCUGGGCUCCUGUCGCAGCUUUGAAUGCAAGAAUUUCUAUGGUGGCCAUUCCAUCUGGUCCGGUUGAGUUGCCUUUGGCACAGCUACAGAUGAAGGGCAUUACGGUGUGGACGGGUCUGGCGGAUCCGAACCGGACUCGCAGGGACUUUUUGCUCCAAUCCAUCAGGGAUGGGACUCUUGAGCCUUCACUUAUUUUUACGGAGACUAUCUCAUUCAAAAAUAUUGUGACUGGCCUCCAGGAAUUCAUCGAACGGAAGCCAGGCUUGAUUAAGCCCUUGAUCGUUUUUUAA